AUGAGGAGGUUUAUAUUGUUAGGAGUGCUGUGUGCCGUCGCGCUCUGCGGCGCGCUGGAGGCGGACGACGACCAGGCCGUGGCGGCGAGCCACCACCACGAGCACGGCAAGGGCCACCAUCACCACGGCCACCAUCACCACGAGCACGGCGACCACGAGCACAAGGGCCACAAGGGGCACCACCACCACCACAAGGGCCACGAGGGCCACCACGGAAAACACCACCACGGUGAGCACCAUCACGAGCACCACGGCGGACACAAGAAACACUGGGACGAGCACGACCACCACGGCGACCACCACGAGCACGGCCACCACCACAAGGGCGAGAAGCACGGCCACCACGAGCACCACGACAAGGGCGAGCACGUAGACGGCUACCACAAGAAGCACCACAAGGACCACUUCCACAAGGACCAUCACUUCCACGACGGGCAUCACCACGAGGGCAAGCACCACAAGCACGGCCACCACCACGGGCACCACCACCAUGACGAGGGCCACCACAAGAAGGGUCACCAUGGACACCACGGCCACCACGAAGGCCACCAUGGCCACCACGGACAUCACGACAAACACCACCACGACCACGACCAUCACGAGCACAAAGGUCACCAUGGCCACGACGAACACCACCACGGACACCACGACCAUGGCAAAAAGGGCCAUCAUGAGGGUCACAAACACUGGGGACACCAUGAGAAACAUUGA